GAUUUUAUUCAUCCAUUCGAAUAAUAGCCUCCUUACGAUACAAACCCUUGUUGACUUGUUGAUCUUAUUUUAAAAAAAAUCUUAUUUUAUUAUUAUUAUUAUUUUUAAAUUUGUUAAUCUAAUCAAAUAUCCUUUUCCCUCCCUUGUGACGGUUACGUCGGAAAUCCCCGCCCACUACAUCGAUAAAAUGAUUGUGUUGAUUGGGUAAACGCUUAUAGUCGUCAUUUGUUUAGCCCAAUAGCGUCUCGGAAUUCAAGCUUCUGUUUGUAAUUCAUUGGUGGAAAACCGCAGUGUAGUUUGAGCUGUCGGCCAGAGCUAAACUUAGUUUGUUCGAGCAACGCACAUUACUAGAAAAUGUGUACGAAAGCUCUUAACCAGGGAUAUAAAUAUUAACCGAAUCUGUUUUACUAUUUCCUUUGCAUGCAGUUGGGCCCCAUAAAGCCGAGCACCCUGAGACAUGGGCGAGCCGACAACACGCAACUUUUCGACUCUACAAGAGGAGUUGGGCUUCUGGAAGGAGCAGGCAAAUGCACACCAGCAGAGGGCAGAUGAAGCUCAGGAGGAGCUGCAGGAAUUUCAGCAGAUGAGCCGAGACUAUGAAGCAGAGUUGGAAGCCGAGCUGAAGCAGUGUGAAGUUCGGAACAAGGAAUUGUUGCAGGACAACCGCAGGCUCCGUAUGGAACUGGAAAACAUUAAGGAGAAAUUUGAGAGCCAGCACACUGAUACUUUUAAGCACAUAUCCACCCUGGAGGAAACUCUGGCAGAGACGACAGCAGUCAAAGAUCACCUGCAGAAAUAUAUAAGAGAGCUAGAACAAUCCAAUGAUGACCUUGAGAGGACCAAAAGGGCUACCAUCAUGUCUCUGGAGGACUUCGAGCAGAGGAUGAACCAUGUCAUUGAGAGGAAUGCUUUUCUUGAGAGUGAGCUGGAUGAGAAGGAGAACCUGCUUGAAUCUGUUCAGAGGCUCAAAGAUGAAGCCAGAGAUCUUCGCCAGGAGCUGGCUGUGCGUCAGAAGGAAAGGCGACCAUCCAGCAGCAUGGGCAAAGACCUGGAUCGACCGGACCUGACGUGCCCCUCUCCUAAUAACCCCCCGACCCCUAUUACCCCCUCCAAGCCUCCCAGCGCGUUCGCCACACCACCUGCAUCCAGCAUCCGGCGAGGUGAUGGUCUAACAGGGACUCCUCUUACAACAUCUGCAAGAAUAUCUGCACUGAACAUUGUUGGGGAGCUGCUGAGAAAAGUUGGGAAUCUGGAGUCCAAGCUGGCCUCGUGUCGUGACUUUGUAUAUGACACAUCGAGUACCCGACCAGCGCUGCCAGCUGCCCCUGCUAGUCCUUGUGGGCUAGACGGUGGAGCUGACAUCCAAGCUAGCAGCAUGAGCCCUCCUCCACAGUAUGACAGCUUAGUGAAGCGGCUAGAGUUUGGACCAGCACCUCCACGAGGUGUCUCUUUGGGUGCUCAGUCGCCAAAGGGAGGAGUCAAGAUGCUGCUGUGAGAAAACCUGCCCCUCCUAACUUCACCUCGCGCCAACUCUCCUUCCACCUCCCAAUACCAUCAGAACUUUGAACAUUGAACUUAUUGAACCUGAAACCCACUUUCUUUGCUCCCUGCUCCACAUGUGUGGAAUUCAGCUGCCUCAGAUUCACCUGUAUCACACCAUAUCAUGGGAUGUGGCACACCGUUUAUGUGUAACAUCCACCUUCACUCAUGUCCAUGUGGUAAGGAGCUUGAAAACAUCACUGUAUUGACUUACUGCCUGGCUGUAAUGGAUCACUCCCAUGCAACAAAUAUUCCAGACAUGUAAGUGACCCUAAUUUCAGGACCAUUAAAUGAUCUAAAUUAACAACACUAGGUUGUUGUUUGAGUACAAACCAAAGCUGUGAUGAGGGAAAUACAUUUAUAUUUUUUCAAUAAUGCAUUUUCUUUAAUUCUUUGAUGCUUUAGGAUUAAUCCAUUCAUUGAAUUCAAUUAUUAAAUUAAUUUUCACGUAUGAUGUAGGGCUGGGUGAUAUGGCAGAAAAAAUUCAAAUUUUUUUUCUAUACCUUUCAAUCAUCACACUUCUUUGCAUAUUUUAAAAACUUUUUUUAAAGAGUCCGUUUUAAAGCAUCUGUACUAAAAACCAAAGCUAGAGGAUUAGUUCAUUUUAUAAACUCCUUUUAACACUUCUCAGUCAAUAUUUAGAACUGUAACCCCAACAUGAUAUUGGCAUACUAAGCAGAUAAACAGUUUUCACACAACAGUGCAACGAAUGUUGAACAAUAUAAACAGAUUAACAAGCUUUACAAAGAUUUACAAACCACCUGAAUCAUGAUCACACGAUUGAUUGGUUGCUUUGGUCUGGCGACCUCACCGCUAUCAGUGGCUAACUGCUAAUGCUACUUGUGCUGGCAGCAGUGAUCGGAAGGUAUGUAUUGACUGCACUUGCGUUUUCAGGCUUUCCGCAUAAUCACCUGGGUGGUUUUUGUCCAGUCUCUUCCUUAUUGUUGUCAUGAACACUGACCUUAACUGUGGUGGUACUUUUUCGAAUUAAUAAGCAAAGUGUUGCCCGUUUUUGAAGGCAUCGACAAAGUGCUGUGAAAACGUAUUUGCUCCCUUCUCAAAUUCUCAUAUGUUUGCAGUUUCCCCACUUUGUUUAAGAUCAUCAGACAAAUAUAACCCAAGUGAACUUAAAAUACUGUUUUUUAAAUGAUUUCAUUUAUUAAAAAACAAUUCAGUUACCUGGCCCUGUGUGGAAAAAGUAAUUUCCCUCCUUGUUAAAUCAUGAAUUAAUUGUGGCUAAUUACAAUUUCUGGUCAAUUUUCACAGCUCACACCUAAGCCUGAUUCCUUGCAGACCUGUUCAAUCAAGAAAUCACGUAAACAGAAUAUCUCCUGACAAAAUCAAGUCAGACAAAAUAUCUAAAAAAGCUGCAACAAAAUGACACCAUCCAAACAAAUUUAAGAACGGUCAAGAAAUAAAGUCUAUCAAUCUAGAAAGGGUUACAAAGCCAUUUCUAAAGCUUUAGGGUUCCAGUGAACCAUAGGGAGAGCCAUUAUCCUCACAUGGCGAAAACAUCGAACAGUGGUGAACCUUCACAGCAGUGGCUGGCCAACAAAGAUUACCCCAAGAGAACAGCAAUGACUCAUCCAGGAGGACACAAAGGAACUCAGGACAACUUCUAAAGAACUGCACGUCAGUGUUCAUGACACAACAAUAAGGAAGAGACUGGACAAAAAUGGCAUCUAGGUUAGAGUUCCAAUGCAAAAACCACUGCGCAUCUUACCUUUGCAAAAAAAAACAUCUGAAUGAUUCCUGAGACUUUUGGGAAAAUAUUAUAUGGACUGGCCAGAUGAAAGUUGAGCUUUUAGGAAGGUUUUGUUAUAUAUGGUGUAAAUGUACCACAGUAUUUCAGAAAAAGAACAUCAUACCAACAGUCAAAUGUGGUGGUAGUGUGAUGGUCUUGGGCUGCUUUUCUCCUUAAGGACCUGAACAACUUGCUGUGAUUGGAUGGAACCAUGAAUUCUGCUCUUUAACAGAAAAUCCUUUAGGAGAAUGUUCAGCCAUCAAGUUUUUUCACCUCAAGCUAAAUGACACUUGGGUUCAGCAGCAGGAUAAUGAUCCAAAACACCAGCAGAUCAACUUCUGAAUGGCUUAAAAAAACAUGGUUUUGGAGUGGCCUCGUCAAAGUACCGACUUGCAGCUGAUUGAAAUGCAGAUGACAUGACCUUAAAAAGGCCGUUCAUGCUAGAAAACCCUCCAUUUUUGCUGACUUCAAACAAUUCUGCAAGGAAGAGUGAGCCAAAAUAGCUCCACUGAGAUGUAAAAAACUCAUCGCCAGUUCUAGAAAAUGCUUGAUUUCAGUUGUUGCUGAUGAGGAUGGCCCAACCAGUUAUUAGGUUUAGUGGUCCAUUACCUUUUCACACAGGUCCAGGUAACUUUGAAUAGUUUUUUUCUUAAUAAAUGAAAUCACCAUUUAAAAACAGCAUUUGAAGUUCAAUUGGGUUAUAUUUGUCUGAUACUUACAUUUAGUUUUAUUUUAAACUGGAGAAACUAUGCAAAACUAUAAGAAUUUGAGAAGGGGGCCAAUACUUUUUCAUGGCACUCUACCUUGCACAUCGGCUAGUUAAUAACAUUGCUCCACUUCGCUUUGGAGACACCGGCACACAACCGAUGUUGCAAACUUGCAGAGCGGCCGGCUACCUCUAUCGCCGGUCCGGAGCCGGGGUGAAGAGCGGACGACGGUUGAGUCGGACCGGUAGUUUCGUUUUCCUGACUGACUGUUGUCACACAGAUUCCUGCCGUGUUAGAUCGAGAAAUACGCGCACAGCUGAUAAUCGAGAUCGACAGGAAAUUCAUCAUGAUCUUUGAUCUCCAUCAUGUAAUUGCCCAGCCCUAAUCUGUUGCGUUGGAGCUUCAUUUGUGGGUUAAUAUAGGAAAAUGUUGCUGCCAGGGGUUGGUUUUAAACCAAUGCUGCCUUCCUCCACAUUAUUAUCUCUUGAUUUGAGGUGACUUUAAUUUUUAUAAGUGCACACACUCUACUGAAUGUAACAAUUGUUCUGUUAAUAACUGUUGACUCAUACGUCGGGACUGGGGAGGGAAAGCAAGCAAUAAUAUAGUUGAUCCGGUUAAUGAGAUUCACUGUUUGUAGUUUGACUAGUGUAUAUUUGAUAACCUUUUU